AUGUCUAAAGGCGUGGACUCUUUCCAAGAUGAAUGGCAAUCGGGUCGAGGUUACUUGCCCGAGGAACAGACCCCUCCUCAGGGCCUCCGUGACUCCAUCGGACCAGCGUUAUCGGGCUUGACGAGCAGCAGCAGUCCAGGGACUAGUGGUAUCCGCUCCACCUCAAUACCGGAUUGGAGUAUUUCGGCCUCGACCGAUCAGUUCCCGCCACCGUUAUCUAGCCUUUCGUUCGAUCGCGACUCCAAUCGGCGGACGGUCACACUUCCAACACCAGUGCGGCAUUAUAGAAAUUCAUUCUAUCUUGGACCUGCCCCCCGACUGUCGAGAUCCAUCACGGAUACCGCAAAUGAGCCUGACACUACUGAUUUCCCCCCAACGCAGCACAACAGACUCGAUAUACCGGGCAAUUUGAGACACUUGCCAGAUGGAACAGCAACACCUGCGUCGGACAGUUUCGUAAGAAGCCUUGUCGCCAGUGUCGCCGAGAUCGUCGAGGCAUCGUCGGCCCAGCAAGAGGCCUCGACGUCACGGCCCGAGACCGUCGCUGCACGUCCAUUCGUUCCAGUGCCCGUGGAUCGAGACGAUACGAGUGGGAGUACGCUAUUGGCCGAAAGCAAACAAACCAAAGGGAAACACAAAAGAGCAGAUGACGAAGAUGGUGGUCAUGGCCCGUGGCCAAAAAACCCGGCCAACAUCAAAAAGAAAAGGAAGCCCCAACCAAUUCUGGCCUCCAGAGCUCCGAAGAUGAGUCAUCGGCCUGGUCGGAAAUAUGAAAUGCAGUGGCGCCUUGGCCAGGCACCGACAGCUGGCAUCAAAGACACAAAAGAGCAGUCCAACUUUGAACGCGUGCUGACUGCCAUUUCGAGCUAUCACCGGGGUAACGCAGGUGAUAUUUGGAAGAGGGCCAUGCUUCGAAAUGCCGCCGAGUUCGAUGGGAACGGCCUCUGUGAGGCUAUCGCCGUCUCGGUCAUGCUAGCGGCAGGCUUCAUCUCCGCCGGCCAGUCCGAGAUUGCCAGCCAAGCCCUGAGUCGAAUUCUACCGCUUUCCAGAGUCAUGUUGUUGAGCCAACACCCACAGGUGUGCUUUUACCUCACUGAGAUCAGCAUGGACACUUCGACCAACGUAUCUGGAAGUCUACGGGCGUCAUUCAAGAAUUACCUAGCACCUCUGGCUGUCCACAUGCUCGGGGAACGCCAUCCCUUAUCUAUUCUCCUCGGGACGCCGUUGACGGUUGAACAGAAGGUGAGACUCCGACGGGAGGGGCAGCGAGUGGCGCAUGAGGAGCACGUCCGGGCUUUUGGGACCUACUCCUAUCAAACCCUGCUGCACCUGUGGUACUGGGCUCGACUUACUGCUGCGUCGGGCGACACUGCAGAAUCGGUCCGGAUGUUUGAGGGUUUGAUCCAGAUGUGGGAGCAGGUGUACUCGGCCAACUCCGCCGUGGCCAUUGCUGCCAUUAUUGAGCAAGCCCGCGUGAUGCUCGCCGCGGGUGACGCCAGCAUCAAGGUUGAAUGCCUCCUCGCUGACGCCCUGCGGCGGAACGAAGUGCUGAGCUCGGGCCAGGCGCUGCAGCCACAGUUUCUGGACGUGGCCGAGUCGAGGCUGCGCGGGAGCAGCCUCAUCUUCUCUCGACUGGCGGCGUUCCGGUGUUUGGGGCGUUUGCACCUCAUGAGGAACAGUCUCGGCAACGCCAUGUCCUGUUUCCAGCAAGCGCUGGACCUCGCCGAGUCGAAUCUCGCCGAAGAAUCGUCGGUGAGGAAGAUGUGCCAGACGGACCUGGCCGCCGUGAAAAUGAUCCAACUGGAGCAAGCGAUGGGGGGCUUGACACUGACAGACCCGAUGAGCCGACUUCCUCCCAUCACGAGUAUCAUUCCCCUGGCCCCAGUGGAGAUGACGGGGACGAAGAUACCAUAA